CAUACUACAUGAAGGCGAGGGAAGAUGGCGGAUGUGUUGAGCGUUCUUCGUCAGUAUAAUAUCCAAAAAAAGGAAAUCGUCGCUAAAGGGGAUGAGGUGAUAUUCGGAGAGUUCUCCUGGCCGAAAAAUGUGAAGACAAACUACAUAAUCUGGGGUACUGGCAAGGAGGGCCAACCCAAAGAGUACUAUACUUUGGACUCCAUUUUAUUCUUGCUCAACAAUGUGCAUCUGCCGCAUCCUUCGUACGUGCGGAGAGCUGCAACAGAGAACAUCCCUGUUGUCAGACGACCGGAUCGAAAAGGAUUGCUGUCCUACCUCAAUGGCGAGAGUUCUACAUCGACAAGCAUCGACAGAAGCGCACCAAUAGAAAUAGGACUUCAAAGGCCAACACAAGUUAAAAGAGCAGCUGAUGAAGUUUCUUCUGAAGCCAAGAAACCACGGAUUGAGGAUGCAGAACGAGUGCGUCUGGACAAGGAGCGCUUGGCUGCCCGUCUGGAGGGCCACAAAGAAGGCAUCGUGCAGACAGACCAGAUCAGAUCUCUGUCCGAAGCCAUGUCUGUGGAGAAAAUCGCCGCCAUCAAAGCCAAGAUCAUGGCCAAGAAACGCUCGACCAUCAAAACGGACCUGGACGAUGACAUCACGCUGAAGCAGAGGAGCUUCGUGGACGCAGAGGUGGACGUCACCAGGGACAUCGUCAGCCGAGAGCGGGUCUGGAGGACCAGGACCACCAUCCUCCAGAGCACUGGGAAGAACUUCUCGAAGAACAUCUUUGCCAUCCUCCAGUCGGUGAAAGCCAGAGAAGAAGGGCGAGCACCAGAGCAGAGACCAGCACAGAACACUACCCAAGUGGACCCGUCCUUGAGGAAUAAGCAGCCCGUCCCGGCCGCCUACAACAGAUACGAUCAGGAGCGAUUCAAAGGAAAAGAAGAAACGGAGGGUUUCAAAAUUGACACCAUGGGCACCUACCACGGCAUGACCCUGAAGUCAGUGACGGAAGGAGCGUCUGCCCGGAAGGCCCAGACCCCGGCGCUGCAGCCAGUACCCCGUCCAGUUUCACAAGCCAGACCUCCACCAAAUCAGAAGAAAGGAUCCCGAACCCCCAUCAUCAUCAUUCCUGCUGCCACCACCUCCCUCAUCACGAUGCUCAAUGCUAAGGAUCUUCUGCAGGAUCUGAAGUUCAUUACAUCAGAGGACAAGAAGAAGCAGGGCAUCCAGCGGGACAACGAGGUUCUGCUCCAGAGGCGCAAAGACCAGAUCCAGCCAGGCGGCGCCACGCUCAGCGUCACCGUUCCUUACCGCGUCAUCGACCAGCCGCUGAAACUGGCUCCACAGGACUGGGACCGGGUGGUGGCCGUGUUCGUGCAGGGUCCUGCCUGGCAGUUCAAGGGCUGGCCGUGGCUGCUGCCCGACGGAUCUCCGGUCGACAUUUUUGCCAAAAUUCGGGCCUUCCAUUUGAAAUAUGACGAGGCGAAGACGGACCCGAACGUGCAGAAAUGGGACGUGACCGUCCUGGAGCUGAGCCGCCACAAACGCCACCUCGACCGACCCGUCUUCUUACGCUUUUGGGAAACCCUCGACAGAUACAUGGUGAAACACAAAUCUCACCUCCGGUUCUGAGCUCAGAUCAGUGUUUCUCUCUGAAAUUCCCUCACGUUAAUUCCACAGCCUUCCAACUCGGCUCGGUCUUCAUGUUUUUCUAGCAGCCGAGUCAUCCUCCACCCUGAAUCCCGAGGCCGACGGAACAGCCAACGGAUUUCCCUGGAAACUCCCAAAGCGUCUGGAGUUUUCCCUCUGAACAUAAGAAAAGUUUUUCAUGGGUUUUUCUGUUUCAGACCCAGUUUUUGUUUUAUUUUGUUCUGUUGUGGGUCCCUCCCCCCCAUUAAGUUUCCAGGUAGCUCAACAGAAAAACCAAACUAUGUUUGAUAUAAAAUUCUACAAACUGUGGAAACGGUUAAAAAACAAGCUACCUAGCAACAAAACCUGAUGGAGAUGUUUCGGGUUUCCUUGUUUUAGGCCGUCGUUAUCAAGGAGAUUGUUGCUUUCUGCUCAGAACUGUUCGGAUCGGGGAAAACAACUGAAGCGACGUAGAACUAAGUUGGAGCGCAGAGACUCUGACGACCUUCUGAUUUAGCGUGUUUGUGGCCAUUAUGUACAUACAUGAUAAAACCUGAGAGAGCCGAAGCUCUUUGAGCAGAGACGGCUGCAGGUGAGUGAUUCAGUUAUCUAAGUCAGUUCCUACUUCUGUUUUUCACGCCAUCAGCACCUCCACCGGUCAUUUAAUGACUGUCUUCUUUUUCUUCUUCGUUGGUGUUGUGCUAGAUGAGAAUAAUUGCUUUAAGUCACCACAUGAGAACGGACAAUAAAGCCUUUGUGAAACACCUACA